AAUUAAAUUACGUAAUUCCGUUGCGCGUAACCAGCUGCUCCCCGGUCCCGGCGAGCUGGUGCGGUCUGCGCAUGCGCGGCGCGUCGAGCUCAGUCUCAUUCAGGCCUUGUUGACGUUCAGUUUCAUACUUUCGCCGCUCUCAGUCACGAUGCCGACUAUUAAACUGCAGAGCUCUGAUGGAGAGAUGUUCGAGGUGGAUGUUGAAAUUGCCAAGCAGUCAGUGACUAUAAAAACCAUGCUUGAAGAUCUGGGGAUGGAUGAUGAAGGAGAUGAUGAUCCCGUUCCUCUGCCCAAUGUAAACGCAGCCAUCCUGAAGAAGGUGAUUCAGUGGUGCACCCACCAUAAAGACGACCCUCCUCCUCCCGAAGACGAUGAGAAUAAAGAGAAAAGAACGGAUGACAUCCCCGUCUGGGACCAGGAGUUCCUCAAAGUAGACCAGGGCACCCUCUUCGAACUCAUUCUGGCCGCAAAUUACUUGGACAUCAAAGGCUUGCUAGAUGUUACUUGCAAGACGGUUGCAAACAUGAUCAAAGGCAAAACCCCAGAGGAGAUCAGAAAGACUUUCAAUAUCAAAAAUGAUUUUACAGAGGAAGAGGAAGCCCAGGUACGUAAGGAGAACCAGUGGUGUGAAGAGAAGUGAAGAUCCUGACACACUUUAACACUACAGAUUGUUCCAAAAAAACAAAAAAAACCAACAAAAAAAGUAAUUAAUAAAUUGCACUGCGCUGUUCAUAUUUGUUGAGAUUUAACACGAAUAAAUAAGAGAAGAAA